AUGAAACUGGGCAGAGCUUUUGUGUUCCUCGGCAUAUUUUUGGCAUUCUCUGCAUGCUUUUUGCUGCUCCGGCAGAGUUUCAGGUUGCGCAAAAGAGAGGUUUUACUCGCCUACGCAUCAUCAUGCUUUGACACUCUCACACUGAACUCUGCCAAGCUCGACCCUGCCCCCAGAGCACACUCCGUCACAGUAAUUGUUGCAGCUGUAUCAACCGACGACUCGACCGAGCUACAACGACAGAGUGGGCUUCGGACGGGCGACUCGCAAAUCGUCUACGUUGCCGACCAACCUUCCUCUCAAAAUGCUGUUGGUCUGCCGCAGAAUAAGGGCAAUGAAGCCAUGGCGUACUUGACAUUCUUGAUCGAUCACUAUGAGAGCCUUCCCGAAGUCAUGGUGUUUAUGCACGGUCAUCGCACAACCUGGCAUAACAAUGCCCUUCUGCUCCGCAGCUCGCCUCUAACGGUGAACAAGUUGCACUCUGAGGCUGUCUUGCAGCGCGGCUUCGUCAACCUCGCCUGCGACAAGGCCUUACAGAGAACGAUUGAGCCGAUGCCCGGUGUUCUCGGACCGUCAGUACUAGACCUGACUCGGGAAGACUGGGAGGCUCAAGACACAGGCUCAAAGGUUUACACGCAAUCGCCAGAGCACUUGUAUAGGCGGUAUACUGAUCUCUGGCACGACAUCUUCCCAGAGCCACGGCAUGCUAUUCCACCCUCCGGGUGGAGCUAUUUUGCCGGAGGACAAUUUGCCCUGUCUCGCAGGCUUGUUAAGUCCAUUCCGCAAGAUCGACUACACUUCCUCCGAGACUGGAUCACAAAAACUAGCCUCUCAAGCAGAUCUUCUGGUGCGGUUUUCGAAACACUCUGGGAGGCUAUUUUCUUCGAUGGUCAAGUUACAAAUACCUCAUCCUCCGCCACUGGUAUAGAGUGUUACUGUGAUUUGUAUGGUCUAUGUCAGAGGGACGAGAGACUCCCAAUCGAGAGGAUAGACGUGUUACUCGACGCUGCGACGUUAAUGAUGGGACAUUUACUUGACAGUUGAUGUGAUUGAACCAUUGGUCAGUGGCGAGUGGGGUACUGUAUCUAAGAUUGCAAUUGCGAUUGCAACGAUAAAAAGAAUC